UUUAAUAAGUAAUCUGCUUAGUAGAGGAGAAAAAAAUGGCCCCGCUUUCUCUCCUCGUCUGGGCUGUUUUGUCCAGACAAGUAGUGAGCACCAUUUUACUCAACAGCAAUUCAUCUGAGUCAGACCAUCGCUUGCCGUGCGAGGACGGGUGGCUACAGCAGGGCCACACCUGCUACCGCUACCACGACACGCACGCACCCCACGAUGAGGCCGCUCGGGUAUGCCGCCUCGCCAGAGGUCACCUCGUGUCCAUCUUAACCCCAGCGGAAAACAGACUGGUGACAGAUUUUGUACACCAGAGAUCACCGACGGCAGAGAUGUGGGUUGGAGCCAGCAAGAGGAAGACUGAAGAAGGUGAGAAGAUUGUAUGGACAGACAACAGGAAGACGCCAACAUACAUACGUCAGCUCAACUUUACCAAGCUCACGGAGACUGCGAGUGACAGUUCCUCUUCAGCAUCCUGUGUCAAAGUCAAUGCUAACGGCCUUUGGAGACUCGAGGACUGUGACGUCAAACUUCCGUUUUUGUGUCAAAGAUACACACCAUGCGAGGCAGGAUGGUUUGGACACCAGUGUGACAGACAAUGUCAUUGUUAUGGGCCACCAUGUCAAUCACGGGACCUUAUUCCCGUUUGUCCCGGCGGUUGUCUGGCUGGCUGGAUGGGGGACUCGUGUGAAGAGCCCAGCACUCUGCCUGAAGCCACAUACCAUUGUCUGCGGUACCCGGAUGGCAGCCUGCGGGCCAGUCUGAAGGUCAAUGCCAAACAGCGUUAUUUCCGACACGUGCAGGCAGUGGACGAGAGUGGAGUGCCCCUCCCGUGUCGUCUCCCCGUCACCAGAAGUGGGAACCUGUUUUACGUCCAUCUGUCUUUUUUCGACGACGUGACUGGUUCCAGCACCAAUGAGUCAACGACAAACCCCAACACCAGGGCCAAUACAACACGUGACAUGGUUUCUGGAGCUGAGUGCAUAGCCUCCGAGCCGGGAAACAGGAGUGUCACGUGGUUUAUUGAGUUCAGACAAUAUGCAGACCUGGUGACCAGCGAUGACGUCACUGUUGAAGUCAGAUGUGAUGCCGAUGACGUAGAUGACCUCGAUCUCGACGACGUCAUUUACAAUGCAGGAGGUCAGGAGACUCAAAUGCAGGCCAGUCUGGAACACCUCAAAGUUUCCGUUUACCUGUCUGAAGCAGGAGAGGACAGUCCACGUGAACAGGUUCAUCUGGGGCAAACGUUGCAACUGCACGUUCACGUAUCCGGCCUGAACGAGGAUGAGUGUGCGUCACCCCACAGCUGCCGAGUGGAAUACACCACUCCUCUUAACGCCAGCAAAUCCCAGGUGGCGCUACUCGAUGAACAUGGGUGCCCCACGCCCAGGUCAGUUAUCAACCGCUGGACAGCUAGAUCACGUGAUCACUUUUCCUCCAAUCCUUUUCCUGCCUUUUCCAUCGGCGAGGCCAAGACUCUGACUGUUUCAUGCCAAGUGGACUUCAACCUUAAGUCGUUUCUCUGUCCCCAGCCUUGUUCUGACCAAAUAGUCAGCAGCCGUGACAGUCCCGUCAUCAGAAGUCACGUAGUACAAAGGGACAUAGCCCUAACUGAUGAGUGACCGCCGUUAUGCUCGCUAGAGGUCAAGAAGGUACACUCGAAGAGUGCAAGGGAAUAACAAACCGUAUUUUCUUCUUCUGAUUGAUGUUUUAUUUACUUUGUAUUAUUAAAUUUCGGAAUGUAGAAAGUGUGUCUUCGAGUUUGAAAGGAGGAACGGAAAUGUCUGCAAGUCGAAAAGAAAUCCUAACAAAAAUUUCUUUUCUCGACACGUGUGCCAAGUCUUUGGACCUGGCAGUUCCCUCCUCUUGGUUUUGAGGAGAAAUCAAAACUUCCUUUCCUGUGAUGUUAUAAAUAUUGGCUUCAUAAGACAGUGCCUCAUUAGCAAAGGCUCUAAGCUCUUGCUUUGG